AUGCCCUCAGGGAACCAGACCUCUGUGACUGAAUUUAUCUUCUUAAGUUUCUCCAGUUCCCAUGGACUCCAGAUCUUUCUCUUUGUCUUCCUCUCACUGGUAUACAUGCUCACCAUUACAGGGAACAUUGCUAUUAUUGUCAUAGUUCAGACAAGCCAGCAGCUUCACACUCCCAUGUAUCUAUUUCUAAGCAAUCUAGCCAUGAUGGAGAUUGGGCAUAUGAGCAACACUAUACCCAAAAUGCUAGUGGACUUCCUAGCAGGGAGGAAGUCCAUCAGUGUAUCAGGCUGCAUUACACAGCUCUACUUCAACAUCUUCCUUGGGGCUACUGAGAACUUCCUUUUGGUGGCCAUGGCCUAUGAUCGUUACUUAGCCAUCUGCCACCCAUUGAACUACGCAACUGUCAUGAAUGCCAGAAUCUGUGGCCGCCUGGCAUUUAGUUGCUGGGUGAGUGGAUUCCUUGUUCCCCUUUUCCCCUCAGUCUUUCUCUACCAACUGUCUUUUUGUGGCCCCAGGAAGAUAGAUCAUUUCUUUUGUGACUUGGCUCCUGUUUUGCAGCUCUCAUGCACAGAUACUUCCAUUAGUGAAAUCAGCUUCCUUUCCUGCACAUGGACUGUGGUGUUGGGCUGCUUCAUGCUCAUAAUGGCAUCCUAUGUGCAUAUUAUCUAUGCUGUCCUGAGGAUGCCAUCCAUUGCAGGGCAACACAAAGCCUUCUCCACUUGCACAGCUCACCUGAUUGUGGUGGCUAUAUACUAUGGAUCCACCAUUUAUAUGUACGUGAGGCCAUCAGUGGGUUAUACCGUUAGGUCUGACAAAGUAGUGUCUGUUUUCUACUGUGUUGUAACUCCAUUUCUGAAUCCUUUCAUUUACAGCCUGAGGAACAGGGAAGUUCGUGAGGCUUUCAGGACUGCCCUAGCAAAGACAAGAGAUGUCUCCAAACAUGUUGCAUAA